GGGGUGGUGCCGUGCCGCGGGUGACUACAACAAAGGGCGGCGGGCGCCGGGCGUCUGUGACCGAGUCUCCCGGUGCUCCACUGAGGCCGAACCCUGGCCCCCCGCCUGCCCCGCUCCAGAUGAAGUGUGAGCACUGCACGCGGAAGGAAUGUAGUAAGAAAACAAAAACCGAGGACCAAGAGAAUGCUUCAGUUGAUGUACCAAGUCUGGCUCAGGAGAAUGGAGAGAAGGGAGAAUUCCGUAAGUUGGCCGAUGCCAAGAUAUUUCUGAGUGACUGCCUGGCGUGUGACAGCUGUGUGACUGCUGAGGAAGGGCUCCAGGUUUCCCAGCAGAAUGCCAAGGACUUCUUCCGCGUUCUGAACCUUAAUAAGAAGUGUGAUACCUCACAGCACAAGGUGCUGGUAGUGUCGGUGUGUCCUCAGUCUUUGCCUUAUUUUGCUGCCAAAUUCCGCCUCAGUGUGACUGAUGCAUCUAGAAGACUCUGCGGCUUCCUCAAAAGUCUGGGGGUGCACUAUGUCUUCGAUACAACAAUAGCAGCGGAUUUCAGCAUCCUGGAGAGUCAGAAAGAAUUCGUGCGUCGAUACCAGCAGCACAGCGAGGAAGAGCCAGCGCUGCCCAUGCUCACCUCCGCCUGUCCAGGCUGGGUCCGAUACGCUGAACGGGUGCUGGGCCACCCUGUUACCCCCCACCUCUGCACCGCCAAGUCUCCCCAACAGAUCAUGGGCUCUCUGGUAAAGGAUUACUUCGCCAGACGGCAGAACCUGUCCCCCGACAAGAUUUUCCAUGUUAUUGUGGCUCCUUGCUACGAUAAGAAACUGGAGGCCCUUCGAGAAGACUUUCCCACAGCUUCCCACGGCUCCCGGGGUGCUGACUGCGUACUAACCUCAGGUGAAAUCGUUCAGAUAAUGGAGCAAAGUGACCUGGCAGUGAAAGACGCUGCCGUUGACACUCUGUUUGGAGGCCCGAAGGAGGAAGAGGUGAGGCGCCAUGAUGGAGCCAGCUCCGACGGGUACCUGGCGCACGUCUUCAGACACGCGGCCAAGCAGCUGUUUGACGAGGACGUGGGCGAGGUCACCUACCGCACCCUGAGAAACAAAGACUUCCAGGAGGUCACCCUUGAAAAGAAUGGGGAGGUUCUGUUACGCUUCGCUGCUGCGUACGGCUUUCGAAACGUCCAGAACGUAGUUCUGAAACUGAAGAAGGGCAGGUUCCCGUACCACUUCGUGGAGGUGCUCGCCUGCCCCGGGGGGUGUUUAAACGGCAGAGGCCAAGCCCAGACUGAGGAUGGGCGUGCAGACAAGGCACUGCUGCGGCAGAUGGAAGGCAUCUACGCGGACAUCCCUGUGCGGCCCCCUGAGACCAGUGCCCAUGUGCAGGAGCUGUACCGGGAGUGGCUGGAUGGGGCCGACUCCCCCAGAGUCCAGGAGGCCCUGCACACCAUGUACAAGGGCCCAGGGCUCCCUGCGGUCAGCCGAGACAUCAAGUGGUAAAGGUCGGCCCGGCUGGGAGGCAGGCUCCGUCAGCUGCCCGGGGAGGGAGGUGCGGCGGAGCGAGGGCAUCGGAGACACUGCAGGAAAACCGCUCGGCUUCUCAGCUGCUACCUGGGUUUUCGGAAUUAUCUACCCCUGUUUGCUGGGGGCUCCCUCGCUGUUUGAUGUGGUGCUAUGUCUUCGUGACGUGUGCGACUGGAUUAUUUUGACAUGAGAGGAGGAUUGCCCCAAUUUCUGUAUCCUUUUAUCUUAAGACUGAAAAAUAUCCCAAAGAACAAGAGUGAAGACAAACUAUUAUCUUUUAGGCUUAGAAAAAAAUCCAAAACGUGUCCUGUGAAGAGCUAGGACCCCAGAAGUUCAGGUUCAUGUGCCUCAGAGAGAUCAUGUGAGAUGACAGGAGGCGGGCCGCUGCAGGGCAUGUGGGGCCGCGGUCCACAGCCUGCCCCAUUCGGCUCUUAUUUUUACCCACUUACAUUUCUCCUGAAAUGUUUUUGCCAGAAUGUGAGUCAGUUGCAUCCUUUUGGAAUCAGGGGCUGGUACACAAAUCUGCGUUUCCAGGUUUUCUGGCCACAGUGGGCCACAUCUCUCACUGCUGGGCUGCCAGAGAGUGGCAGGUGGCAGCCCCUCCCGGGACCAGACCGCUGACCCGGGGGCCCUGUGGGUGCUGGUGCUGUAGGCCCCAGACACGCACCUGUUCAUUCAGCCGUUGAGGUGGACUCACCGUGAGGCGGGGAGGCCCGGCAAGGCUGCCAGGUACCUACGGUUGGAAGGACAGAGACGGGCCACCCGUGUAAGCCAGGCCGUGCGAUCGAGAGGCGGUCACCUCUGUCCCUCCUGAUCCUGCUGCGGUCAUGCCUCCCCGCAGCCUGUGCUUCUUGAGGGGCUCUCCUCCUGCAGCCCGUGCUGCUCCCAUGAGCACACCUUAAGGAGGAAGAGGGAAAGCAGUUGACCCACAAACAGGGCUCAAAGCAGCCAGAAAUGUACGGAAUAAUGGCGCUGCACAUCAGGGUGUGUCCUUGAAAUGAAACACCUCUGCCAAUGGCCUGGAGUUGGAUUUUCAAAGCACUUGGAUUUUGUUAACACGAGUGAUGAUGCUCCUCUUGAACCCUCCACACCAUAAAGCCUCCGCAGGCUCUGUUCCCCUCAUCGUGUUCUGUGUUGUGUUGGACCGGGGUACCUGUCCAGGUGGUAGCUGGGUAUCGUGUGAAACUGUGUAUUUCUUUCAGUCUGUUCAUAAUCGGGUUCAUCCUCUAUGGUAACUGAUUAUGGAAUAAACAGUUGAAG